UAUGCGCUCCUAUUACAAAUAGUGCGGCAGCCCUAAGCGUCGCGUCUAUGUGGGGAAUUACAGUAACCCGGUGGUCUGUGAUGAGUCAGAGUGCGUGGUGCUGCUGCUGCUGCCGUUUCAUCACCUCCGGGAGCGCAGCAUCCUUCCUUCUGCUCUCCCUGAGCCUGGGCCUACCUCGCCUCGGGCUCCCCGGCCAGCGAUGUGCUUGCGGCCGAUCUAGAUCCCGACCGAGCCGCACUCUCUUAAGCCCCUUCCCGCCGCCCACGGCCCGGGCCAAGGAGACCUGCUGAGCCCUGGCCAUGGAGGCCAUCUGGCUGUACCAGUUCCGGCUCAUUGUCAUCGGGGAUUCCACGGUGGGCAAGUCCUGUCUGAUCCGCCGCUUCACUGAGGGCCGCUUUGCCCAGGUUUCGGACCCCACCGUAGGGGUGGAUUUUUUCUCCCGCCUGGUGGAGAUCGAGCCUGGAAAACGCAUCAAGCUCCAAAUCUGGGAUACCGCGGGUCAAGAAAGGUUCAGAUCCAUCACUCGCGCCUACUACAGGAACUCAGUAGGUGGUCUUCUCUUAUUUGACAUUACCAACCGCAGGUCCUUCCAGAAUGUCCAUGAGUGGUUAGAAGAGACCAAAGUACAUGUUCAGCCCUACCAAAUUGUAUUUGUUCUGGUGGGUCACAAGUGUGACCUGGAUACACAGAGGCAAGUGACUCGCCACGAGGCAGAGAAACUGGCUGCUGCAUACGGCAUGAAGUACAUUGAAACAUCAGCCCGAGAUGCCAUUAAUGUGGAAAAAGCCUUCACAGACCUGACAAGAGACAUAUAUGAGCUGGUUAAAAGGGGGGAUAUUACAAUCCAGGAGGGCUGGGAAGGGGUGAAGAGUGGAUUUGUACCAAACGUGGUUCACUCUUCAGAAGAGGUUGUCAAGUCAGAGAGGAGGUGUUUGUGCUAGUCAGCCCUUUUAUUUUCAAAACAUGCUCUCCUGCCGGAAUUUAAAAGUCAUCAAAAUGAAAAGAAUCCUUGUGUGACUGAAGAGAACUCAACUUUAAUUUUAGAUGCCAAGUGAGCCUCGUUCCCUAGAGGUACUCUGACAGGCCAUGAGCAGGUGGAUGGGGCACCCCUGAGGGACUGAAUUACUGGCAUGUUUCGUGGCUCAUGCUGGGAAGUGGCUACUCUGUGUGCCCUUGGUGGACCACAUGUCAAAGGGGUUGAGGUUUGGGGAGCUAGGCCCCAGAAAAAUACACUCACAGACAAAACAGCUAUUUCUUGGUAUUUCAGCUCACAUAUAGGUCAUGAACAUAAAGAAAUAUGUAGGGGAAAAAGCAUCACUUUGGGAACAGUUAACAAAACUGAAAAAGACUAUGAGAUCAGCAUGAUCAGUGAUAAUAUCCUAUAUCGAAUGUGUGUGCUGGGUUUGGUUGAAAGGUGCCAGUUAGCUUCUAGGCAGCUCAUCUGUAAAAUGAGGAGCAUGGACCAACUGUUUCCUAAAACCCUUUCAAGGCCUGAUGUUCUAAUAAAAAUGGUGUGACUAUGAAAAGGGAGGCCAUCUAUACACCAUUAUUAUCACAUUCGAGAAAAUGUACACCCUGUGACAGAAUAAACAGCUAUGUGAACAAAAUUGUCCCAUGCAAAUUAUCUUGUAAGCAGAUGACAGGAACACAGCAAACUAAACGCCAUACCCUCCCUCCCCUCUGCCUACUCCUGGGGUUUCAUUGCAUCAGCAGCUGCAAUCUAGAGCUACACUGCCUGUCUCUUCAAGUACCUGGUGGAAAUGGCUGCUGAGAGGUGCCACAGGGAUUGCCUCUGAAAGGAGCCCUGAGUACCUGCUCAACAGGAGGUGCUGUAAACCUUACAAGCAUGUUGCAGUCAUUUGAAUCACUCAUUUGAUCAUCAUAACAGGCCUGUGAUAUUUUCUUCUCCAUUUUAUGAAAGAAUAAACUAAGGGGCAGGAGACACUUGGCCAAGGUGAAGGUCUGACUCCUGGUUCUUGUUUCACUACAUCAUCAGAUGAGUGAACUGUUCUUUUGUUUACUUGACUGUAAAUACUCUGUACAUGUUAGGAUAUGUUUCCUUAUUGAUUACAACUCAGCUGUAAUCCUGAGGGAACCUGGGGAUGAAUCAAAGGUAAAGCCCAUUCAGGUAUUAUUGACAAGAGGGCUUUAAACAAGUGAAUAAUUGCACAACUGAAAAGACAUUAGAACCAUUAUUGAAAGGAACCAAAUACAGAAGUGGGGGAGUGGCAUGGGGAUAAUGUACUCACCUCACAAGGACCUUAGCCUCCUGUUUGAUGCACACCUACACUGGGUUCCUGUCUACCCUAGAGUCAGUUCGUAAUUCUCAGGUGAAUAGACAGCUAACUGCAUCAGAAAAUUGGAAUGGUUGGCUUGAGGUUCCAUUAUCUUCUUGAAGAGAGGUGAUACUUUAAAUUAUUGUUUUGGAUUGUAGCCAGUGGAGCUAGGCUAAAGCCAUACUUCUCACAGUAAGAAAAUAAUUCUGAUUAGAGUCAGGUUUCUCACAUCCAUGGUGAGAGGAAAACCUGAGAACGGUAAAUUGCUUUGAGAUAUACUAUUGAACUUUAGUGUGAAUGUGACUGAAUCUGAAAGUCUUGGAAUUUACUUCAGCCAGAAUAAAGAAGCCAAGUAAUGAAACUGUGGCAACAAGCCACUUUGGACCAACCUGCAUCAUCAGCUACAAGUUGGCUUGGGGGUGGGGGUGGGGAAUUAAGCUGCCAGCUUUGUGGUUGUACAAGGCAAGCAAAAAAUGGUAAAUUGGGUUAAGAAAAGUUUCAUCAACUACUAUACUUAAUUAUAUUUAGAAGAUUCUGAAAGCAAGAUUAUCCAGUGGAUAAAUGAGAGUUGACUGGAUUCUGUCAGUUCAAAGAAAGGCUAAAAACAAAAUUACAGUUUUCUUGACUGAAAUGCAUUAUAUGUAUACCUUUCCCAUUCCUUGCAUUUUUAUAGGCAGGUUGAAGAAUACUCGGCAUAGAUCCAGCAGAGGUGGUUGAUCUUAAUUGCUUUAACAAGUUCCAGAAACUUUAAAAAACAUUUUAAUAGAAUUCAGUGCUGUCACUGCAAUAAGUGGGUUUUAGAAAAUAAGUGUGAAAAAAUCAGGUGUUAAUACAAUAUUAAGGAUAAAGUUUUAGAAGCUAUUUUACUACAUAGGUAAAGAAAAGAUAAACUAACUUGUAACAAAGACCACAACUGCAUGUUGGAUUAGAUUGUCUUUAUUCCAGAAUAAAAUGUACUGUAUACUUUGCCUCACUUUGUUGUGCACUGUAAUGAAAUGUGAAAAAAUGUUUUCUUUAGCUGUAUGUGAAUGAGAUUUGCUUGUAUUUAGUAAAAUGGCUGAUUAUGUAACUGUGAGAUUCUAAGUGUGUGUUGUAGCUAUUUCCAGAGUCUGUCACUACAGUACAGCAACCACUACCAAGGAUAUUAAUUAGCACUACUAUUUAUUAGUAUCUUAAAGCCAGAAAUAGAGUAUGAUUUUUGUAAGUUAUAUAAUCAUCACAUUGAGAGUCACCAAGACCUCACUACUGCUUGGGAAUCUUGGGCCACUUUUGGAAAAGUUGGCUCUCACAAGCCUGGACCUUAAUUCUGCCAGGUAGCUAAUUACAACUUUUGUCUUCCUUUGGGAAAAGUGUCCCCAGGCUAAAUUGCCUCAGCUUUUUCACGUCCUACUACAGCGUGCUUUUUGUGUCAGGAUCACUUGGGGUAGGGGUCCCAAAUUGGAACAAAAAAGUUUAGAACAUUGCCUAGGGUUUAUAGCACAUAUUUAAGGGAGGGUAAAAAAAGUGAAGAUGUUUGAUUCUGAGUCUGGACAUUGGCCAGCUGAGUUCACAUCUUUAUCACUUUUAUAGUAAUGAGGCAGGAAGGGAGGGAGGGAGAAAAAAACCAAUGAUGUUUAUAACUCCAUUCUCCUUAAAACAUUCCCCAAGGCUUGACCAUGUUUUCUUAAAUUAUAUUAAUUCAGUCCCGUCUAUAAGCCAAUGAAUCUUGAAUUUCUAUCUCCAGCUAGCUUGUCUCUUUCCCAUGCACUCUAGACCUUUUAACCAGCUGCCUGCCUGACAUCUCCAUUCAAAUGUCUGGUAGGCCUCAGAACCUUAACAUGUCCCAAACCAAGCUCCUAAUCUUCAUCCCCAAAUUUGUUCCUCCCAUAGCCUUCCCCUCAGUAAAUGGCAAGUUUAUCCUUCCAUGCAUUCUUCCCAAAAAACUUGGAGUCAUCCUUGCGUCCUCUCUCAGCCACAUUUAGUCCAUCUGGAAGUUACGCUGGCUCAACCUUAAAGUUAUAACCAAAAUCUGACAGCUUUUCACCAUUUCCACUGCUAACACCCUGGUCCUGCUUCCACUUUUGCCCCUCCCACCCCACCACCCACAGUCUAUUCUCCACACAGCAGCCAGAGGGAGCCUGAUAAGAGAUUGGUUAUAAGCAAUCAUCUACUCAUAAUUCUCCAGUGGUUAUCCAUUUACUCAGCCUAAAAACCAAAGUCCUUCAAAUGAUAAGCAGGAGAACCCUUAGAAAUGAAUUCCAUUCCUGUCCCAUCUCCUAUGUGACCUCAUUUUUUACUGCUGAACCCUUGAUUAUUCUACUCCAGCUACAUGGAUUUCUUUCGUGUUGUCCAAAUACACCAAGCACAUUCACACCUGAGGGCCUUUGUACUUGCUCCUCACUCUAUCUGGAAUUCUCUUUCCUAAGAUAUCUGCAUGGAUUUCCCCCUCACGCCCAUCAGGUUCUGGAACCAACAGCUUACAAAAUCUGCAAGCAGCUUCCUGAUCCUAGAGAAGAUGUGGCUCCAGAAGUAGGUCCUGACAGCUCAACAUAGAGUCCCCUGGGGAACAGCAAAAAAAAGGGAAGAGAAGCUUAGAGUACAGUUUCUCAGAAAGGAGUGGAUACACGCUCAGAAAGCAUCACAAUGCAGAAGUGUGUCCAGAAGAAUAAGAACAAAAAUAUAUAAGAAUAUAAUUCAUCCUGUUCACUGGUAUUUCUGCAACCUGUAGCAUAGAUACACGCUUGAACAAUCAAUAAAUAUUUGAACGAG